AGAGAGCGCCGUGCGGCCCACUCGACCAUAUAGUUUCAUACGAUAAGAAAUCCUAUGCACUCGACCAUAGUACGCUCUAAUAAAACUAAAUGUAGCACCAUGUUUUGAAGAUUGCCGCCGUUCUCCUCCUCUCCGCUUUCCCCCGAUGCUGUGCCCUCCCAUCGCCAAAAGCCGAAAUGGAUUUUGCACUUUUUUUUUUUUCUGCUUCAGCUGCCAUCGCGGUGCCAAACAUUGCGAGCGGCAGUGGCCACGUUUUGCGCCUCGUUUGUGCUUUUGUAGCGUAGUUCCGUGUUCCGCGAUGCCGUGUUGCUGUGCCUUCGGGUGCAGCGCACGUCCCAGUAACGGCAAGCGACUCUUUCGGAUUCCAUCUGCCAAGCGAGACGCGGCGCUUAGGAAGGCCUGGCUUGAAGGAAUCAGGCGGGCUGAUUUCAACCCAACGCAAUGGUCCAGGCUCUGUGAGGACCACUUUACGGAUGACCAGUUUGAGGCCAUUGUGCUGGAGCGGUACGGUGUCAAGAAGCUGCGUCGUGAUGCUGUGCCCACUAUCUUCUGCUACGACAAGAAUGCCCAAAUCAGCUCUAUUAAGGUUCUUGCCAAAAGACGCAUACGGAUGACCAAGAACAGCUGUUUCUACAAACCCAGCUGGAAGAAAACACCACCAGAGGCCCCACAGAAAAGCGAGGGCCAGCCAAGCAAAAGUAUGGUACACAUCAGCGUGAACGAGGUGCUUCCGUCACAAGAAGCGCUGCCAAUGUCUGUUGAAACCUCGGGCAAAUACUGGCUCUCCAGCUCUUCGAACCAAAGUUUGGCACCUACUGGAUGCCAGCAAGCCGCCAGAGCAGACACCAUGCAACUAGUGCAAGAAAAAAAUGUUGCUGCUGUUAGUCACUCAAACAAAGACUGUGCAGGAGUUGAAAUUGGACACCGACAAGGGGUAGCAGAGAAGCCGAAAGCACACUCGUCCGAUCUCGUUCUUGCAACGACAUUGUGCAGCAGCAUGGCAAAUCGUAGGCACACAGUGGGUGCGGUUGAAUCAUACAGCUUCUCUGCUUGGCCAGGGGAGGAUGCAGAAUGUGCGACUGCUGUAGGUGGACACGACCACGAGGCGAUACCAAUGACAGCUGAAGGGGCGCCCGAGGUAUUUGUAAGUCGUCUGAUCCCCGUCGACAUAGAAAACAGAACUUGUCAGGAAGGGAGAGAAGAACAUGCCAGCAGUUCCACCCUGUGCCAGAGCUCGGCCUGCUCAAAUGUCCAAUCUGAACCCCAGCAUGACAUGGGUCAAGGAGAAUACGCACCGGCGCAUCUUCCACUGGCCUCGGUCAAUGACACUGUGGAGGAUGGGAAUCGGCAGCGCAGCACAGCGGUGAAGGCCACAGUGGUGGCAGCAAGCAACAGUGUUGCUGGUCUGAGACCCAUCCGCCCGAAACAAGGUCUAGCCGGCGAUAUUCAGAAGGCCUCGGGAUCCACUGGUGCGGGAACUGUAAACUGGCUAGAGAGCGGGGCAGUGCAGACGGUGGUAGCAACCAGUCCCGAUGGUGGAACAGUGCAGCAAUUCAUCCAAGCAGGUCUCUGCGAUGGUCAGCAGUGUGAGGCCGCUCAAGAAAAAAAUGUGCGGGUGCUGAAAGAUGGUCUGGAGGGGCACCAAACCAGCAUGCAAAACGUGGCAUGUAUCGGAUUGGAUGGUCGUCAUCAGUCAUCAUUCAUCGGCAGUGUGAGAGAUGUGAACGUGCGCCAAAGUGAAACAGGAGCCGCUGGACCUAGCGACCUUACCAGCUCCAUCCAAAUAAGUUCGGUCUACACACUUGUGGGUGACAGGCACCAGCAUGCAGCGAGUGCUGGAGAGAGAGUACAGGGAUUGAUCAACGGUCCUGUCAACCUUCAAAGAGGAGUUGCCAAAAGCACAGCGCGGCUUACGGUCGGAUCACCAGAAGCAAGAGCAGAACCAAUCCAUAUGACUGUUGCUGAUUUUCAAAGGCCGGACAACCCUUUGUCUGCGCUGAAGCAUGUGGUUGACGUUGAUGCGGACGCGCUGGCCUGCAUGCUGGACCGGAGACCUCUGACCAGCGAGGAAGACCUGUGGGACCGCAUCGACGAUCUGGAGGAGAAGUUGUUGCGUGCCCAGAAAAGGCUCGCGGUCGUGCGGGCGCAGAGGCGGCGGGUCCUGGUUGAGAACCGGGCACUGAGGAUGCAGGUGCGGCGACUGCUUCGCCGCAAGACCUACCACCCGAGGCGCCUCCACACAUCAGCUGGCUUCAGCAGCUGAGCUCAUGGCAGGCAACAGAGACGGCGCUGAGUGAAUCCCCAAGCCGGGGCACAUUGUGCACGCAAUGACAAAUGUGAACAGUGGUAGUGUGCCGUGUGCUUUGUACAUAGAGAACAUACACACUCGGACCGAGAAGUUCUGGUGGGUGAAACAAAAUUGUUUUUCUUCUCUGUAAUAAACCUUGCCUCAUGUUCA